AUGCCCAGUGACAAAGAAAGCACGCAUCGGCGCCUAGCAACGCCUACUCCUGGGACGUCGGCGUCGCGCCGUGAGGAGACGGACAGGCGCAGCCGCAGUCGCAGCCGCCGUGAUGUCCAGAGUCGGAGCAGUCACGGCGAGCGGGAUCGCGGCCGCAGCCACAGCUACCGAGAUCGGGAGAAGGAAUUGAAGCUGCAGCAAGAGCGGGUUCGUAGGCUUGAGAUAGAACUUGAUAGGGAAAGAAGCAUGCGACAGUCGCGUCAGCGCUCGCGCCGGACCUCGCCACGACAAUCCCGGCAGCGCUCCCGCAACUCUGUGCGGCCGCGUGCUCGUGUGUCGGAUUCACCUAGAGAUACUUCCGCGCGUCGUAGUUCUUAUCGACACGAUGAUAACAUUCCGAGACGAGAACCUUACAGCUUGGGACGGUCACGAUCUCGAUCACGUAAAGACACACGACAUGACACGCGAGCUACGCCGCCGCAACGCGCUCGUACCCCUUCUUUCACAGCCGGUGAUGUAGCUGAUAUUAUAAAUUCAUUAAGGCAGUCCAAGCCUCAGUCGUCGCCAGCGCACUCUGCCGUUUUAAAUACUAAUCAAACAAAUACCAAAAACAUUUUGCCGGACUUUGAUCCUUCAUCAAAGAAUCAAAGAGUGGAUGUAUGGCUUAAGAAGGUAAACGAGAGUGCUGCUGUUUACGGCUGGGACGAAAGGACCACGGUAUACUUUGCCAUGCAAAAACUCCAGGGACUGGCCAAGGUCUGGUACGAGGGGUUAAAUUCUAUAUUAUUCAGCUGGGCUGAAUGGCAAACAAAAUUAAUUAACGCUUUCCCUUGUGAACAGAACUAUGGCCAGGCCCUGGAAGAUAUGUUAAAGAGGAAAAGUAGAUAUAAUGAACCCGUUGAAUUGUACUAUUAUGAGAAGCUAGCUCUAGUGAACCGAUGUGACAUCGACGGCAAGCGGGCAGUAGACUGCAUCAUUCAUGGCUUAAGCGAUAAAACUAUUAAGACAGGCGCGUUGGCUUUGAGGUGUACGAAUCCCGAACAACUGUUACAAUUUCUUAUGAGCAAUAAGGAAACUCAUUCUUUUAUGGACCGCAAUAUGGGUCAGAGAAACAAAAUUAAUGAAAAUCAAAGUAAUAAUUCAAAUAGUCGUCCGCCACUGAACAAGACUGAAAAAUCUCAAUUCACUUCCUCGUGUUUCAAUUGCAAGGAACGUGGUCACCCUUUCUUUAAAAAGGGUCACAAUUAUACCAAAAAACAAAGAUAA